ACAUUUUUUUCAUUAAUAUUCGUAAAAGUUAAUUCUUAUUCUCAUCACUGCAUCAUGCUCCAUUGUCUCUCUUGAGGUUGCAGACUUAGAGAGAGAGAGAGAUAAUGGGUCUCAUUUCAAUGCAAUUCAGGUUCUGAAAACCAAAGCUUUUCAUAGGAAAAGUUGUGCUAAGAUGCCGGGGAAAGCUGACACUGAUGAUUGGCGAGUAGAGCGCGGUGAGCAGAUUCAGUUUCAGUCUUCCAUUUACUCUCAUCAUCAGCCUUGGUGGUGUGGAGUGGGGGAAAAUGCCUCUAAAUCAUCUUCAGCUGAUCAGUUAAAUGGUUCAAUCGUGAAUGGUAUCACGCGGUCUGAGACCAAUGAUAAGUCAGGUGAAGGUGUUGCCAAAGAAUACCAAAACAUCAAACAUGCCGUGUUGUCAACCCCAUUUACCAUGGACAAACAUCUUGCUCCAAAUCCCCAGAUGGAACUUGUUGGUCAUUCAGUUGUUUUAACAUCUCCUUAUUCAGAUGCACAGCAUGGUCAAAUCUUGACUACUUACGGGCAACAAGUUAUGAUAAACCCUCAAUUGUACGGAAUGUAUCAUGCUAGAAUGCCUUUGCCACCUGAAAUGGAAGAGGAGCCUGUUUAUGUCAAUGCAAAGCAGUAUCAUGGUAUUUUGAGGCGAAGACAGUCACGUGCUAAGGCUGAGCUUGAAAAGAAAGUAAUCAAAAACAGGAAGCCAUACCUCCAUGAAUCCCGUCACCUUCAUGCCAUGAGAAGGGCUAGAGGCAAUGGUGGUCGCUUUCUCAACAAAAAGAAGCUCGAAAAUUACAAUUCUGAUGCCACUUCAGACAUUGGGCAAAAUACUGGUGCAAACCCCUCAACAAACUCACCUAACACUCAACAUUUGUUCACCAACAAUGAGAAUCUAGGCUCAUCAAAUGCGUCACAAGCCACGGUUCAGGACAUGCACAGAGUGGAGAGUUUCAAUAUUGGUUACCAUAAUGGAAAUGGUCUUGCAGAACUGUACCAUUCACAAGCAAAUGGAAAAAAGGAGGGAAACUGCUUUGGUAAAGAGAGGGACCCUAAUAAUGGGGCUUUCAAAUGACACUUCGCCCAGCCAUACAGCAACAGUUAGGUGAAGAUGAAGGGUUUUUAUCUCAUCCAACUUGUGAUGCUGUAUUGAAGGCAAUUCAUUCUUGGCUUAGUUAAGUGGUGAGACCAGUGACAUGGAGUACACUCUGCCUUGUUUGGUCUCUCCCCUUGCAUUUGUUUCUCUUUACAAGUCCAUAUGUAAAAAUGGAUAACGGAAAGAAAAAGAAAAAUCACUUUUGUUUGAGAACUUUUUUAAGUUUGUUUUUAACUGUGUGAAGGUUUCAUAAAAUUGUGGACUGACUUGUGUGACAUAUGCUCCACAAAACCUUAAAACUUUCGUCUAUUUUGUCCUAUAUCUCCUUGCACAUUAUUAAUCUAAAUUGGUGCAUAUUUUCUAUAGUAA